AUGUCUAUAUUUUCUACGCCUUUGAAAAACAAUGUUGGGUAUAUAAAUGCGCUGGUACCGAACAACACGCAGCUUAAUAGAGGGGAUGCUUCGGCCAAUGUAGGGGGAGUAAAGACCGGAGGCGUGUUGGGUACUAAUGCUGCUAUAAUGGCCCCUAAUCAAUUUCAGCUUACUUCUUACAAUCCGAUGAGCAUCAAUACAUCGAACGAGCACGUGAGGAUUAAUGGGAUGGGCAGUAUGAGCCCAUUGGAACUUGCUUCGCAGUAUAUCGACCAUUUGCAAAUGCGUGACUCGACCACUAUGGUUUUGGAUGACAGGUCGUAUUACAACAACGGUGUAGACUAUAAUUUCAGUAAGGAAGUCGGAGGGCUUGGAGCCUUUACGCCGUUUGAAAGAGUGAAUGUAGUGAAUAUCCCGGAUGAGAUUUUGCAAGAAGUAUCUAAAGCUGAGACUCGUAACGAUAUGGGUAUAUUUCCGGACCUUGAUAGAUGCUGGAUUGUUAUCGACAAUAAACUGAUUUUAUGGAACAUCAAGGAUUCUACCGAUUUCCAGUCAAUUGAUGACAUAAAACAUACCAUAUUAAAAGUGCAUCUAGUAAAGCCGAAGAAGGGCGUCUUUGUUGAGUCAGUUGACUAUUUAUUAGUUAUUGCAACCCUGUUUGACAUAUAUCUGCUUGCCAUAACUUAUAAGAAAGAAGCCGGCGAGUUGAGUAUUUACAAUACUGGAAUGGUUGUGUCGGUCAACGGCUUAGAUGUAUUGGAUAUAGUCUCUUACGAGAAGACCGGACAGAUAUUUUUCGUUGGAAAAACCAAUGGAACCAACGUUUGGGAGCUCCAAUACUCAGCGUCUGAAGACUGGUUUAAUAGCAACUGCAAUAAGGUAUGUUUGACGCAGAUGGCUAUUUCUAACCUUCUACCAAGAAAUAUAAUCUCCAGCUUCCCUGGAAGUGGACUAAUACGUUCGUUUUUUGAAGAAAAAACGAAAUACUCCCAAGAAUGGAUUGUACAAUUAGCAAUCGAUAAUUCGAGAGGUAUUCUUUACUCACUGUCCUCGAAGUCGGUAAUUAGAGCCUACAAAAUUAACUCGAAGUCAUUGGAUGGGCCAGUGUCUAUUGAACUUGCAUAUAUUAAAAGGAUUAUUGGCACAACUAAUGCAAAAGGAGCCCCAAUUUUGGGUAAUAAUUAUCUCAAAAUUAUGAAGAUUGUAGUUGUUACACAGAUUGAAAACAACAACCUAUUUUUAAUAGCGAUCACUGUUGGAGGUGUCCGCCUUUACUUCAAUGGCUCGUCCAGCUCGACCAGUGUGGAGGCACUAACCUUGGAGUCAGUUAAGUUCCCACCAAGUUCUGUUAGUCCAGAAACUAUCGAACAAGAGCUCCAGCAGCAACAGCAACAAAAUCAGAUUAAGACCAUGCCAUUUUAUUCAUCUUUAAAUUCCUCUGAACCAAUACAGUUGAAAUACCAAAAAAAGUCAUCAGUUUUGCUGGAAACAACUCAGGCGUCUACCAUUAUUUCUCCUGGUAUAUUUUUUAGUGCCAUUCACAAGAAGCCGCAAACUACGAUGGACAACACUAACCAACCAACUAGAGCUCCCUCAUCAACCACUUCUGGACAGCGUAGAUUGUUUGUAAGUGUUCCUGAUUAUGGUGUGUUGAAGAACCAUGGGAAAUACUUUGAAAAUGCUACUUUCCUCGAUACCAACGGUUUGGUUAAAGAAAUUGCUCCAAUUACACCAUUGUUUAAUGCUACAAAUAAACCUGAGGGAUAUGCUAAUGCAUUUGCAACCCAAUACUCUGUCGAAGGGCUUAAGAUUGCCGUUUUAACUAAUACUUCGGUUGAAAUAUAUCGCUACCGUACCCCGGACCAAGUCUUUGAGUCAUUAGUCGAAAACCCACUUCCAUUUGUAUUGAAUUAUGGGUUAGCAGAAGCAUGCUCAUCAGCAUUGUUCGUUGCUUGUAAAUUUAACAGAGCGGAGCCCAUUAGGUCUAGUGCUUUAACUUUCUUUACAGUUGGUAUCCAGAAUGUUGUACAAAUAAAACCUAGGUACAACAACUACGCCGCUCCAGCUGUUACUUCGCUGUUGAGCAAACCUUCCCUCACAGUCACUCCAAAGAAACCUAAUUUAAUAAACAACAGCUCCUCUAGUGGAAAUGACAAUUAUAGUCUAGAUAAUGUUGUGCUGUCGUCUAGAUUUUACGGUAUUGCGCUUUUGGUUACAAGACUGUUCAGAGAUAUUUGGAAUAAGAACAUUUUUACUGUAAAUCCCGCCGCUAAGUUCGAUUAUCGAGGUAAUUUGAUCAAAGAAUCAGUUCCAAACGGUGACCUGGUAACUAUGGUUUCUAUUUCUAAGAGCAACCUAGAAUACUACUUGUCAUCAAUUAUGAUUUUAAACGAAUUUUUUAAUGCUUAUGGACCUUCUAUAACCAUGAUUGCUACCACGGGCAUAUCGGCCGGCAAGUCUGUUGAUCGUUCUGAAGAGGUUGCACAUCAAGCAGAGAAUAUUGCAAUCAAUGCGAUGAGUAGGCUGGUUCAAUCAAUUAAAGAGGCUUUGUCAUUCUUAAAUGUCCUUUUCGAAGAAAGUGAAAUUGAGGGCUAUGAGGGCCAAUACUUGGCUUUCAACGAUAUUAUGAAAUUUUUAAACCUUGAUUUCCAGGUUGACUUGACGAAAUUGAAAUUUAAAGAUAUAUUCGCACCAAAUGAUGUAUCUAAGGCCCUUGUAAGGGAAAUUCUAUCUUCCAUCAUCAAUAGAAGUAUAUCGAGAGGUGGUUUCAUUGAAUACAUCGCCACAGCUUUGCAGGAACGUUGUGGUUCAUUCUUUUCCAGCUCUGAUGUGCUUGGAUUCCGUGCGGUUGAGCAUUUGAAAAAAGCUAAAGAAGUUGGUUUGAGAGAUUUUGACACUUCAAACUAUCAUUUAACUAAUGCAACUAGACUAUUUGAGAAAAUAGUUGACGACAUUUCGAUCGAAAAACUAAAGGAAGCUGUCUCCAUCAUGUUUGAGUUGAACUACUACCCAAAGACAAUAGAGUUUUUGCUAAAUAUUGCAAACUCAAUUGACAAAGGAAAGUUGGCUUAUCAGUAUGUUUCUGACGGCUCUUUGGAACACGAUGAGAAGAAAAAGUACUUUGAUAAACGGGUAGCAAUUUACGACUUAGUUUUUGAAGCCCUUGUGAGUGUUGAUAACCUGGCUUCAAAGAAUAAUCAAAACUCAGUGAUUGAAAAUGCUUCAGCGGAAAACAGUGAAUUUACCAAGUUGAGGGAAGAGAGUUACAGGACUGCCUUGACGUACGAUGAUAAGUUAUUCCAUUAUCAACUUUAUGAUUGGUUAGUUGCACAAAAUAGCCAAGAGAAAUUAUUACAACUGGAUACUGAUUUUAUUUUGCCUUACUUGCAGGAAAAGUCUGUUUCCAGUUUGGAAAUAUCAAGUCUAUUGUGGGUGUAUCAUUCAAAAAGGUCGAACUUUUUGGCUGCUGCACAAAUUUUAUACGCACUAUCGUUUUCCGAUUUUGACAUCAAAUUGAGCACUAGAAUUGAAUAUCUAUCAAGAGCCAAUGGUUUCUGUAACGGCGUUUGCCCUCCAAAUCAAAGGCAUCAAAUGAUACAACUAUGUAGCAUGGUUCAAGAGUUAUUUGAUGUCGCAAUCGUGCAGGACGAACUUUUAUCGCUUGUCAACAAUGAUUCUCGGAUCGAUGAACAAAGCAAGAAGGAUUUAGUGACACAGCUCGACGGCAAGAUUCUUCCAGUAAGUGACUUGUUUAAUGACUUUGCAGACCCAUUGGGUUACUACGAGGUUUGCCUAACUAUAUUUAAGAUCUCAGAUUUCCGUAACCACGAGGAAAUUAUGGCAAAGUGGAUGGAACUGUUUGAUUCUCUCAAAAGUGAAUUAAGAUCAGACGGAAACGACAUUGAUGAAAGCGCAAACUUCAUAAAUCUCCUUUCUAGUGUUGUGAUAAAAACCGGCAAAAGUGUACGCACGAGUGAAUUUGUUUUCCCCAUUGCAGACAUUUUACCAAUAAUCAGUAACUUAUUCUAUGAAAGUCUUCCAAACGAGCAUAUACAACCUGGCUCGAUUGCUUCCAUUUUCAUUACGGCGGGUGUUUCCUAUGAUAAAUUAUACUAUGUCCUUAAGGACCUGAUAGAAACGUCGGAAUCUAUAAACACCGCGUACAAGAAAGAAAUAAUCUGGUUAAUUAAAGACUGGUAUCAAUCGGACAGGAAGCUGAGAGACAUCCUAAAGUAUGAUGAGAUACGCAAUUUAGGAGACUACAGCAUUGAAACAGACCCUAUUGACAAAUACAUGAAAAUGACUGGUAACAGCAUUUGA